AUGUACUUGUACAGUCAUAAAAUCAAACCACAAAAAAAAACGAAACCAACGAUAAUGGAAAAGAAAUCACGUACAAAUACAGUCGAAUCAUCACCUUUAUCUCCACAAGAAGCCGCAGCUACUCUUGAUCCAUUAGUUCAACCACUAAAUGAUCACGAUGGUUUACCUGUGUAUACACGUCGACAAUCAUCUAUUUUUUAUAUACCAGCUAAUAGAUUAAAUGACUUCGAUGAUAUUAGUAUAGAUGAAAAAAAAUCAAAUAUUAUUAAACAAUAUUUAGUUUAUACGGAACGUUUUUCAGGUAUUUUAUAUGCAUUACUUGCAUCAUUAUUAUUUUCAUGUUCAAAUUUUGCAUUAAUAAAACUCAAUAUAAUUAUAUUCGAUGUACUUGUUAUUCGAUUUUCUGUAUUAGCACUUAUUUCACUUGGAUUUAUUAUUUACAAAGGUUAUAGUCUAUAUCCUGAUUGUAAUGGAAUACUCGUAAUUAUUCGUUCAAUAUUUGCUGCUGGUGGUAGUAUAUGUUUUUAUCUUGCUAUAUCUUAUUUACCAUUACCAGAUUUAACAACAGUUCGAUAUACACAAGUUGUUUGGACUGCAUUACUUGCUUUGACUAUAUUUCGUGAACGAAUUACUAUACCAACAAUUCUAGCAAGUAUAUUAACACUUGCUGGUGUGAUAUGUGUUGCACAACCAACAUUUCUUUUUCCGCCAACGAAAAUAUUCAAUGAAACUACACAAGAAAGAUUAACAAAUGAUACAACUAAACGUUCAAUUGGUAUGUUAGUAUCUGUAUCAUGUGCAUUAGCAAUAUCGAUGAGUAUUGUUUUAAAUAAAAAAUUAAUUCAAAAACAAGUUCGACAAAGUAUAAUAAUGUUGUAUUUUUUAUCUAUAACAUCCGUUGUUUUAAUAAUAAUACAAAUACAUUAUUGGAAUUUUUCAAAAACAAGAACACAAGAAUUUAAUUUUCAAAAAAUAUAUUUAACAAAAAAUUUUAUAUUGGCAUCAUUUAUUUCCAUAUUACAAAUAUGUCCAAUGGUUUUAUCACAAAAAGCAAUUAAACGUGAACAUCCAUCUAUUGUUACUGUUGUACAAUCAUCUGAUAUUAUAUUUGCUAUUCUACUACAGAAUAUGUUUUCCAUUAAUAAAACAAAUUUAAUGGCAUUAAUUGGAUCGAUAUUAGUCAUAGCAAGUAUAUUUAUUGUUGGUGGUCAUAAACUUUGGUUAGAUAGACAAAAUCGUAUGUGUAUAUCAACAACAAUACCAGACGAUAUGAUUAAAGUGGAAAUAAAAAAUUAA